AUGAAACAUAUACCAGCGAACGUCAAGAAUAAGUAUGAAAUACUUGGAAAGAUUGGUGAAGGUUCUUACGGCGUAGUUCUCAAAGCUCGUAAAAAAGAUACGAACACUAUCGUUGCCAUCAAACAUUUUAAACAAGCACCUGCCGGCAACUGUCCCGAUAUGGAUAUCAUUGAACGGGAGUUGAAAGUACUUCAGUCGCUUCGAUUUGAACAUGUCGUAGAACUACUUGAAUGGUUUCGACAUAAGAAACAAUGUUUUUUGGUGUUCGAAUAUGUUGAAUGGAAUAUGUUGCAAGUUCUUCAGGAACAUCCUGAUGGUUUAGCAUUAGACCGAGUACGGCAGUUGUCGUAUCAACUGUUUAGUGCUAUUCAUUGGUGUCACACGCAUGAAAUCAUUCAUCGAGAUAUUAAACCGGAAAAUCUACUGAUUUCAAAAUCUUUUUCGUUGAAAUUAUGUGAUUUUGGCUUUGCGAGGUUCUGUAACACCCAAACAACGGCUGAUUUCUACACUGAUUAUGUUGCAACAAGAUGGUAUCGAUCACCAGAAUUACUCAUCGGAUCACCAUACGGAAAACCAGUCGAUAUUUGGGCAUGUGGAUGUAUUAUGGCAGAACUAGCUACUGGUCAAGCAUUGUUUGGUAUUGCAUUUACUAUUUCUUCUCAUACCGUGAUUAUGAAUAUUCUUUUUUUUCCAUUAGCGGGUGAAAGUGACAUCGAUCAGUUGUAUCGCAUACAAAAAUGCUUAGGACCGCUGCCAGCUAAGUAUGUAGAAGCGAUGAAAACCAAUCCAAAAUUUGAUGGUUUAAAAUUUCCAACUAUUCAGCAGUUGAAUACCUUAGAACGACAGUUUGGACAUAUAUUUCCCGUUGAUCUUAUGUCGGUGUUCGAAGGAACUUUACGUUUGUAUGCACCUGAGCGUCUUGCAUCGGGAGCAUGCGUUCAGCAUAUAGCGUUUACACAUUUAAACCAAAAACAACCAGUGAGACGAUCGCGUCAGCAACGUCCAAAAACCGUUGUUGGUAUUGUUGAUAUGCAUCGAACUCAAUAUGAUAACAAUAACAAUAAUCCUGAUUUAGUUAGUUUUAAUGUACCUUAUGGUGAUAGCCGUAUAAGUAGAUGGCGUGAUGAUACAAGCGAUAUUCAACCUCGUCAUCGAUCUCCUGCAUCAUCUAUAAACAAUGGCAUUGAUAACACCACAGAAAUAUCUGUUACGGUUCCUUCUUCACUCAUUUUACAACCGAACAAGUAUCGGAGUAAUACACAGUUGAGUGAUCAAGCACCUGCUUCACAACAGCAACAAUCUAAAACGGAUUUAACAUCUACAAGUCCUCGAUCAUCAUUGAGUGAAGACCAUGUGCAACCAUUUCCUGUCAACUUGACGAGUUCCAAUGACUCAAGUGAUGACGACGAUGUCAGUAAUGUUCUUUCAAAUAACAAUCGCUUACGACGCAAGUAUGUCAAAGCUCCGCAAGAAGCUCCUCUAUCACUACUGUUAAAUCAAUCGCAAACAGUACCUGAACAAUCACAGCCUACGCUAUUAUCAUCUUCAACAUUGAAAGGAGUCUUAUUAAGACCUAAACAGCACCAACAACAGAAACAAUCAGCGCGUGUUUCUCAAACAUCAUCAAAAGAUGCAGGUAAAAGAUUGAAACGAUUCACUACUGAUACAACAGAAAAUCGUUGGCAUCAACAAAUGCCCGAAUCAAAUAUACAUCGUUUAUCUAUGGCUAUUGUACCAACUCUUAAUACAAAUGCUUACGGUAUUCCAGUAAAUAAUAACAGUAGUCAUAAUCUAUCGACAAUGAAGCUAUCACAACAGAAGGAUGAUUUUCAUAGUAAUAUCCAACCGAGAUCGAAAUCAAGAGAUUUAAUUCGCAGUCGAACUGUUGAAUGCCAUCCACCGCUGGAAACAAUGUCAAAUCUUCAACGAGCACCUUCGAGACAAACUGCAGUUUCCACUUACCAAAUGGGAUCGGACAUCAUGGAUCAAACUGACAUAGAAACUACUAUAUCAGCCACACACCCUUACACUCGUCCUAUGGAUCAACCACAACAGCUAAAUAUCAAUAAAUAUUCGUGUACUCCAGAAUCACGAAAAUCUUUGUAUGCUAGUGAUAGUCAUUUGAUCAAUACAAACACGUACGGUUCAUCUUUUUCUCGGCCAUAUUAUCACCCUACUAAAGGUGAUUUUGCUCACAUAAGCAAAAUUCUACUUGGACCUCAACGAGAUCCCAGUCAUGAUUUGAUCAAAACAAGCAAAGCGUUAAUCAAACAAACGAAAACUACAUUUCCAAAACCAUCCUUAGAAACUAAUCGAAGACAACAGUCAAGUAGUAAUCUUUUCGGUGUCUAUCCAUAUACUCGAACAGGUGUUCGUCAUGCUCAAGAUACUGCCAUAACCACAUCUUUUCAACGUCAACAAUCAAUCCGUUUACCAAGCACGAAAUCGCGUCUUCACGAUCGUUAA